AAUGAAAUAAACUAAAAGAGCGGCAAAAUAUUAAAAAAAACCCUCUAAGGAAUUGAAGAACUAUAUUAUAGUUCUCUUAAAAUUAAAAAUCAAAAGGCCUUCAUAAAUAGCAAGAGAAUAUGGCAUACCUAAGUCGACCGUUUCUUCUUAUGUAAAGGCUAAAGGACCCAUGUAUAAACCACUGGAGGAUUAAAUCUUUUAUAGAUUAAAAAGAAGGUUGGUUAUGGGUUUUUAGACUUUAUCUAAUUAUAAAUGUGAUCGACUGGUAUUGAAGGAUAUUAAGUUUUACCUUGAAAAUGAAGAAUUCUUUUAGUUCACGGAUACCAAUCCUUUCUUAAGAUUGAUUCCGCCUACUAAAUAGGAUUCUUAAAGAUCAAGACCUUUUAGAAGGGUUCUGGAUUUAGGCUUAGCUUAUUUUAAAUACUUAUAAGCAACUUAUCCACCUGAUAUAUCUCAGACAUAAUUAGAUGAAUUAAUUAUGAAAGAAGGCUAAGAACCUUAAGAAGGUGAAGAGCCUUAAGUUGAAAAUGAUUUGUAUGAAGGAAAGGAGUAAUUAAAGGAAGAAAAUUAGAAUUAAAUUCCAACAGAACAAUAGAUAGACUCCUUUUUCUUUUUUGGAAACUUAGACUCAUACUCUUAAUUCUCAACUAAUUUUUGAUUAAAUGAGAUAUGUAUAUAUA